CCCCUGGCCCCUGGAAGCAGGCCACAGUGGACCACGGCUUCAGACUUCUUGGGGACCAUCUUUCCAGAAUCCCCUGCCCUGAGCUCCAGACACCAUGAAUCUUCCUUCUACUAAGAUUCCCUGGGCUGCCAUGAUGCUGCUGUUGCUACUGCUGCUGCCGCCAGCGCUGCUGUCCCUCGGGGUGGACGCACAGCCUCUGCCCGACUGCUGUCGCCAGAAGACCUGCUCUUGCCGCCUCUAUGAACUGUUGCACGGCGCUGGCAACCAUGCGGCGGGCAUCCUGACUCUGGGAAAGCGGCGGCCUGGACCCCCAGGCCUUCAGGGCCGGCUGCAGCGCCUUCUGCAGGCCAACGGCAACCACGCUGCGGGCAUCCUGACCAUGGGCCGUCGGGCAGACGCAGAGCUAGAUCCACAUCCCUGCCCUGGUCGCCGCUGUCUGACCACAACCGCCACUGCUUUAGCACCCCGGGGCGGGUCCGGAGUCUGAACCCGAAUUCACUCUCUGUCCUAGCCCUAUCUUCUCCCCUCUGCUCUAUUGUGUUACUCUCUAGGAAAACGGCAAUAAAAACCAGUCUCUGUUGGUGUGGCUAA